AAUCAGUGGCUUUUCCAAAGAGAGUACACUCCAUUUUUCUACCUAACCAAGAAAAAAAAAAGGUUGGAACAAGACCCCUGGUUUUCUGCACUUUCUCACGACCACCACACCACUCCUUUGGAAACCGCUGCGCUUCCCCUCCUUACUCCACCUUAUAUACGCCUCUCCCCGCCUGCCUCUCCACCUCCGUACAUACUUCUCUCCCUUCUCCCUCCAAACCUUUCACCAUGAGGAUGAGCUGCAAUGGAUGCAGGGUCUUACGAAAAGGUUGCAGCGAUGACUGUACCAUCAGACCUUGCCUCCAAUGGAUAAAAUCUCCUGACUCUCAAGCCAAUGCCACUCUCUUCUUGGCCAAGUUCUAUGGCCGUGCUGGCCUCAUCAAUCUCAUCGAGGCCGGUCCUCAACAUCUCCGCCCUGCUGUUUUUAGGUCUCUGUUAUAUGAAGCUUGUGGGCGGAUAGUGAAUCCAGUGUAUGGGUCGGUGGGGUUGCUUUGGUCUGGGAAUUGGGUUCACUGCCAGGCAGCCGUUGAUGCAGUUCUCAGAGGCACACCGAUCAUGCAAAUGCCUUCUGCUCCUGACGCACCACCACCAAACUUGAUUGAUCCUCUCAAAACCUAUGACAUUCGCCACGUCUCCAAGGACCACAACUCCCUUGAACUCAACAAGGUUAACAAUCAGACCCGCUUCAAAAGCCCUGUUAUCAAACCCAGUUCCCCUUCAGAUUCAAUGUGCCGAUUUAACCUUGGAGAGCUGAGCUUCGAACCGCUUGGUGAGCCUUGGCUGAGUCAGCUGACAAAUGGGGAUAGCAGCAGAGAUGAUGAGAGCAUGUUCUCCGUCGAAACAGUGGAGGAGGAUCCUGGUGAACCUAACUACGGUUUGAAAUCCAAUAGUCCAAGUGAUGAUGGGGAUGAGAUCGGUUUGGACCUCACUCUUGGUUUGGUUCCGGUGAAGUAGAUAUGGGGGCAUCAAAUUAAUGCAGGCAGGUGUAUGAACCUCAUUACAUGGUCUUCUCCCCGACAGGCAUAGCUAUAGCUCAAGUAAUUUUGGUUUGUUUUUCUUUCUUUAGCUAAAAUCAUUAGAGAAUGAAGAGCAACUUUUGUUUUUAUAGAGUUAAGUUGUAAUGGUUGGUCUUUUUUGGUGUAUAAUAUACAGCAAAGAAAAGAAAGACAUAUAAUGCAUAUGGUACAGUUUACCCCUGCGUUAGUGAAUGAUAAAGAAAAAGUUA